GCAAACGUGACUGCGUAUGUAAAACUGCUCUCAGACAGGAAUCUGCUCCAUCGGCCGCUGCUGGGCGUCAAAGGACGACUCGUAUCUUUUCCUGCUGGUUUUGUACAUGUUGUUCGAGACGAUGACCCAAUAACACACUCGCUACAGAGACUGUGUGUGUUUUGUGUGUCGAGACGGCGUCGAGCUGAGAACCAUUAAAAAAAAGUUUCUAUAGAGGAGGGACCGUGGAUUAGAGCUGAAAGCAAACCCUGACCAUGGCUGCACUGCGUUAUCCAGGGUACACAUUCAGGCAUUCCUUCUACUGGGAUGAAACAGAUUGCGAAAAAUACUAUGGGAUGUUGUCUCUCCAUGAGGUCUUUGAAAUAGUUGGAGCUCAGCUAACAGAGGCUGAUAUUGAAGUGCUUUAUUUCCUUUUGAAUGAAACCUACUCUGCACCACACCCUCUCGACCCAGCAGGCUGGACAGUUGAACCAGCUGAAGACGAUCCAGAAGACCCGGGUGUGACCCCGAGUCCACAGUUGCUAAAAGCAUGGAGGCGAUUAAAGUCUAAGGAUUCCCAUCAGCCCUUAGUAGACUCAAAGCCCAAGAGUGGCGUUGAGCUGUUCCUAGAGCUGGAGAGGAGAGGAUACCUCAGUGAUGGCAACCUAGAGCCUCUUCUGCAACUUCUCAGAGUCCUUACCCGCCAUGACCUUCUUCCUUUAGUGUCGCACAAGAGAAAAACAACAGUAAAUCCAGAGGGAAUUGGACAGAUGUAUGAAAUGGACAGCACAGAGUUAGUGUCUGGAUUACAACAUACUUGCAGGCAGACAGAAAUGCCACUUCCAUCUUUCACACAACACUUAAGAACUGACAUUAACCCUUCUGCCACUGGCACCUCUCCCAGAAGGCGGAAGAAGAGGAGGGGAAAUGGCUGGAGCAGAAAGCCCAAGAAAACAUGUAGACAAGUCCAGCCAAUACCUCCUCCACUACCACCAUAUAAAGUGUCAUGUGAUAUCCGCCUUCGUGUCCGGGCAGAGUAUCUAGAGCAUGAGUCAGCACUACGUAACGGCGUCGCCUCAAACAAGCCGCAGCCGCUGGAGCGGCAGUUUGAGUUGUUCAGUCAAGCCAACACACUACUGGGUACCAGAGACCUGGGAUCCAUCGUCUGCGACAUCAAGUUCACAGAGCUGGACAACCUCGAGGCGUUCUGGGGCGACUACUUGAGUGGAGCUCUGUUGGAGGCCUUAAAGGGAGUUUUCAUCACGGACUCCCUGAGGUUGGCAGCAGGCAGAGAAGGUGUCCGCCUUCUGAUCAGUGUAGAUCAAGAUGACUACGAGGAGGGCCGACAACGGCUGGGAGCCCAGAAAUUCAUGCCAUCCAGUAUGGGUGGGCAUAGAGACUUACUAGGAUUCACAGCGUAAUUAUACUCUUUCUGUUGUCUUUAUAUUAACCUUGUAUGGACUGUACAUAAAAAAAAAACUCUGACACGGGCAUUUGGAAGCACUUUUAAGACCUUUUGUGCAAUUCAUAUAAUAACCACUAGGUGGCAGAAGUUACCAUUGGCUCAAUCCACCAUUCCUUUUAAAAAUCAGUCACUUGGAACAUUACAAUUAUUUUUGAAUGAUAAUUAUGAACCAGUGUGCUUUCUAUGUGGACUCAUACACAGGUGCUACUUUGUAAAACACUGGAAUUAAAUAGGUUUAAGAUUUUUUUCCUUUGUCACAGUGAGAACAAGAGAAAGCAAGCCAGGUCCAUCUGAUAAGGUUAUGGAGGGUUUACUGCUUUAUCAGUUUUUCACAGGAUAACAUUAAGGCAUCUGGGCUCCUACUAAUUAUAUAAGUAUUAAAUUUGAGUCUUGCUCACAAAUGCUUAAUCGUCCAAUAAUCAAUACCAACUUCUCUAUCAAACAUUUGAUCUUUUUUUUUUUUUCUAAAUCGCACACCUUAAAAUAAAGAAAGGCUUCCAGGUUUGAUCAUAUAGACUGGAUAGUUUCAAUGACAACAGGACCAAAAAGUAAGAUGUGUAUGAUGUUCUUAAAAGCACAAACAAGUUUAGGGGAGAAGAAAAAGUCUGCUGAUUUCACCGUAGUUUGACCUGUUUUCAACUUUGGCGAGCCUAGUCCGCACACCUAGAUAACUUAACACUGGAAUUGUCAGCCUUGUGUAGCACGAUAACCCGCCUUCUGAUUGCUGUGGUCAGUGGAUUCAGCAGUUACCAGUAGAUGACAGCAGUGAUUAGGGAUGGGUCUCAACAGACCAUGGAAGAUUCAUCAUCUCAAGCUUGUCAAGAGCAGCCCUGAUAAUGCAAUGGUGGCUUGUGUUCGGGCUUCCAACUAGGCCUCUGCAAGUGCUUCUCUCUGCAAGUAAAGCACAGGACAGUGCGUCGGUCAAUAGAAGUGAUGUUGGGGAGAUCAAAAUCAAAAGAGCACAUCCCAACUCCACUCAGCCCUGCUAUGUAGGCCCAGUAGAGUGGCUCACGGACAGCUGUCUACUCACCCUGCUGGAACUAAUGCCUGGACUUCACUCAUAGAAGACGAUCAAUAAGGCCUCUCACUCUUAAGUCCCUUCAUACUGGCAUGACUUAAGCAGACAGACACUGUCUGAAGUGCAGGUCUCUGCAGGGUCGGGCAGAAAGAAUUGCAAUUUUCCAUCUUUUCCUUUUGAUGUGUUUUGUUAAAUAAAAAAAUGUAUGUUUUGUAUUGUUCACAAAUUCAGGGGAACAAUUUUGUUAAUAGAAAAUUUUGCUUUUGAAGAGUAAUAAUUUUUGUGUCUUUACAUGUAAGAAAUAAUUUGUGGUGACUAAUAAAGGUUU